CGCACUCUAAAAAAUAUUUAAAUUCAAAACCUACUUGCACUCUGUCCAAAUUUACGCUGCAUUCACCAGCUCUCUCCUUUUUUGUAAAACACCCAACCCAAUAGCACUCAGCAAAUCAAAUACAAACAUGCUCGACAGCAUCUUGGGGUUUGUCAGAAAGCACCAGCGCAAGCUCGUCAUCACAGCGGGAAUUGCCGGAGGACUGUACUACUCGGGCAAAAUGCUGCUCGGGCGGCUGGCAGACAUGCAGGAGGCCUCAGCAAAGGAGCGUGCGGCCAAGGACAACAUCCGCAGGCGCUUUGACAUGAACCAGCGUGACUGUCUGAUCACAAUAAUGAGCUUGCUGCCCGAGCUCAGCGAGCAGCUAUUGCACGAGGUGGACGUUGAGAGGCUGAUUACUGAGCUUCGCGCUAUUCACACGGCACCGAAGAUUACUGCACCGGCGGCUGUGGCCGGCGCAGACCAAUCGGAGACUCAUGAUGGCGGCAAUACAUGGUCCGGGAGCGAUGCUUUGGGCGCAGGAAAGGAGGACGGCGAGCAGCCGUCGAAGCCCGCAGCAUAUGAGCCAACUCCGGCGGAGGAGCCUCAAAGAAGAUCCAAGGUCGAGAUCUGGGAAGACAUCAAGAUACAGAGCUUUGCGCGCACGUUAAUUGCAGUGUAUUCCGAGUCACUGCUGACUAUGCUCGUGCACGUGCAGCUUAGCAUCAUUGGACGCAGCACAUACCUUGACUCGGUUGUUAGCAAGUACACUGGCGAUGACGUGGCUCUGGAGGGCCGCCUCGUGUCGCGGCUGUCGUCGAGUGACGAGCAGCACUUUUUGAUGCUGAGCUGGUGGCUCUUGAAUCGCGGAUGGCGCCAUCUGAUGGCGCUGAUAUCUGACGCAACCCACCACUGUGUCGGAAAGCUGUCACUCAAGGAGCGCAUAUCGCACCGCGAGCUCGGCGCGCUGUUUGCCAGCAUCCACACUCGGCUGCGCGAGAACGGCUUGGCACAGACCCUGCCGGUCAUCCUGCUGCCGCUCGGUGACACUAAUGUCGGCGACUACCUGGCGGCCAACCACCUGGUGGCCGAGCGCGUCUUUACGCCUGUUUUCACGCGCCUCCUGGAUCAGCUCCGCGAUGUUAUUGAAAGCCCCGACUUUGGGUUUGUUUUCAGCAGCUGUAUUGACCGGCUGACCGCGCAACUGCUCGAGGCGCUACAAGAGAGCUUCCCUGAGCCGCUCCCCGCACCCGCGCCUCGUGCGCCGUUGCCGCCCACCAUCGAUGGCGAGGCAGCGCCCGAUCUUGAUGACGUUGUUAAAGAGUUUGAGCACUUUUCCGUGCCGCAGGAGAGCCGCGUUGUUGUCGUGCAGCUGCUGCCGCGGAUUGCGCGCGAGGGCCAUCAGAUACUCAAUGGCGUGCCCAACCAAUAUCUCGAAAAUGUCAGCGCCUCGCGUGAGGUGCAGGCGCUGUCCGCCGCCGUCUACACUGCCGAGGACUCUUCCGCGUAGCUUUUUUCUUUUUCUCUUUUUUGGCAAAUUGAUUGCUGCUUUUCGUUGCUGAUUUUUUC